GAAACCCCGCAAAACCCUAGCGCGCCGCCGCCGCAGAGCAAUGGAAGCCUGGCCGCCUCUCGCUCCCUCCGCCGGUGACGGCUCCGAUGCCGCUCCCCUGCCCGGUCCUCCUCCUCCUCCCGCCGUUGCCGGGGGCGGAGGGGUCCCUAUGGGGGCUUGGGGCGCGGCCGCUACGGCGCGGCGGGAGACGGUGGCGAAGGAGACGUCCGCGGAGGCCGUGAGCCGGAUCGUGGCGAGCUGCGCCGACUCGGGCGGCGUGGCGGUGGCCGUCGUGGACGCCAACGCCGUCAUCUCGGGCGGCGCCGCGCUCGCGACCACCGCGAGCCGCCUGGUGACCGUGCCGGAGGUGCUCGAGGAGGUGCGGGACGCGGCCGCGCGCCGGCGGCUCACGCUCCUGCCCACCCCUGUCGAGACCGUCGCGCCCGCCCCCGAGUUCGUCAAGAAAGUUGUCAAAUUUGCUAGGGAAACAGGAGACCUCCAAACACUUUCAGAUGUCGAUAUGAAGAUUAUUGCUCUAGCUUACAUGUUGGAAGCUGAGAUCCACGGGACUAGCCAUUUGCGGGAGCACCCACCUCCACUGCAUGUGGUCAGUGUCAGAAAAUUGCAAGAGGCUCAGUUGCCAGGUUGGGGCUCUAAUGUGCCUAACCUAGCAGAGUGGGAAGCAUUAGAUCAGAUGUCUGAAGCAGGUGGAGAUCUUAAUUCUCGGAUACUUCCACUGAAGGAUCUUGAGAACCAAGAAAUCCCUACAAGUGACACCAACAGUAUUUCUGAGACCCAGGGGGAUGCAGAACCUCAGCCUUUAGUUAAAGAUGCAUGUAUUCCUUGGGAAGAUGAUGAGAAUAAUGAAGGUUGGUUGCCUGCUGUUAGCCGCACCACGCACAGAAAAUAUUUACGGAGGAAAGCAAGGCGUGAUGCUCUCAAAGUAUCUGAACAAAGUUUUGAUACAAGUUCUGUUGCUCCAUCGAUUAAUGACGAUAAAGAUUUAGCUGAAGAUUGUUUGGAACAAGUGGAUAGCCCUUCUGUUGCUCCAGAGGAGAUUAAGUCAAAUGUGGAUGGUUUGGAAUCCAAAGAAGAGAAUGAACCUAAAAUUGCUGGAACUUUCCAUUCUGAUCAGCUAUCUAAUGGGGAGAAUGGUGUAGCAAAUGUUGAUCCUGUGAAGGAGAUCGAUGCUACUGAUGCAUGCACUGAACAAUUGGACAGCUUAGAUAUAAAGAGUGAGACUGAGGAAAGUGUUGAAGCAUCUUUUGUGGAUGAUGAAAGCAGUGAGCAGAGUUGGGCCCUGAGGUCCUUAUCUGAAUCUACUGUAGCAUGUGUUACUAGUGACUAUGCCAUGCAAAAUGUUAUCCUGCAGAUUGGUCUCCGUCUGUUGGCACCAGGAGGCAUGCAAAUACGUCAGUUGCAUAGAUGGGUUCUGAGGUGUCAUGCUUGCUACAAGGUGACCCAAGAGAUUGGAAAAAUAUUUUGCCCAAAGUGUGGCAAUGGUGGCACCUUGCGGAAGGUUUCAGUAACUGUUGGCCAAAAUGGGAUUACUAUGGCUUCACGACGCCCACGUGUUACACUCCGAGGCACAAAAUUUUCGAUCCCAAUGCCCCAAGGUGGAAGAGAGGCUGUCACUAAAAAUCCAAUUUUACGCGAAGACCAACUUCCCCAGAAGGUUCUGCACCCUAAAUCGAAGAAGUCUAGCAAGCUGGGGGAUGACUUCUUGGGCGUGGAGGACAUAUUUUCGCACAGUGGCGAGAAGAAAGCGUCCCUGAAACCUCCUGUGAGGAAGGCACUUGCAAUGUUCAGCGGGAAGCGGAAUCCGAACGACAACCACUUUUCUCGCAAGAAGAACUAAGUCUGGUUCCCCCCUUUUGUUCUUUUCUCGUCCAUGUCAUUGUAGUCCCGUUAUGUAACCAGGAGAAGCAGCGUGUCAUCCAGACUCUUAUCUUAUAUAAACUCAAGCAUGUAAGCUUUACACAGUUUUGCAGCAUCCAUGUAUUGCCUACUUAUAUGUAGUGUCACCUCGAGUGAAAGUAAUUGAAGCUUUUUAGUGUUCUACGGAGUA